UUGUCAAAAAUUAUCAAAAUAACGCCAUUAUCAAUUUAGCUUUUCCUAAUUCAUUUGAACUAAGAUUUAUUAAUUUUGAUAAGUUUUACACAUUGAAACUUGAGUAAAUAGGUGAAUAACCAUUCUAUUUAUCACAUACAGAUUCGAAAAAUAUAAGUUCACUGCGGGUAUUAAGAAAACAGUCUUCUACAACCUCCAUAAUCCAUAUCGUUGUACAACUCCCGACUCCGACAUUCCGUGAAUUAAAAUCUCAAAAUGAUAGACCUGUUUAUGCCCAUUCGUUCGUUUUUAAAAUUCGGCAAUGUGUGUACAGACAACAAUGUUUUCCGCAUGCAUUAUAAGGCAACAGUGAUAAUGUUACUAGUUUUCACAUUGUUGGUGACUUCGAAGCAGUUUUUUGGCGAACCUAUCCAUUGUAUGACUCAAGAUAAGGCGGAUAAUAACAAGGAGGCAAUUAACAGCUACUGCUGGAUUUAUGGAACAUAUACAUUGCGGAGUAGAUUUCUGGGUGAGGAAGGGAAGCACAUGGCCUAUUUAGGUAUUGGUCCCGACAGAGGGGUGCCCAAUGAACAACUGAAGCACACAUACUACCAGUGGGUCUGUUUCGUUCUGCUCGGCCAGGCCAUGAUGUUCUACACCCCUCGCUACCUGUGGAAGAUCUGGGAAGGCGGUCGGUUGAAGGUGCUGGCGUCUGAUUUGGCCAGCCCAAUGGUGACGAAGGAUUGGUCAGAGUAUCGUCGAGGAGAGCUGAUAUCAUACCUCAGUUACACAAACGUAUACACACAUAAUAUGUAUGCACUGCGGUAUACCUUCUGUGAGAUGCUGAACUUAGCUAAUGUGGUGGGUCAGAUAUUCCUGCUGGACUUAUUUCUCGGUGGAGCCUUCCGGAACUACGGCACAGCUGUAGCAGCGUUCAGCCAUGUGCACCAAGUGCCUAACAACUUUAUCGACUUUUCAUCUGUCAAUCCCAUGGAUGAGUUCUUUCCUAAACUAACAAAAUGCUUCUAUCGAAUGUACGGCCCAUCGGGAACUAUUGAAGUCAAAGAUAGACUGUGCGUCCUACCGUUAAACAUUGUUAACGAGAAGAUCUUCGUCAUUUUGUGGUUUUGGCUAAUUUUCCUCGCGUUGUUGACGACAAUUGCAGUGCUUUUUAGGAUUUUAGUGCUCUCUUUACCACCACUACGUACAUAUUUAAUCAUGGGUCAAGUAAGAUAUGUGAAACGGAGGGUAGUUUCGAAAAUAGUGAAGCGCUUCAGUUUCGGCGACUGGUUCAUAUUGUAUUUGCUGGGCAAGAAUAUGAAUCCCAUUAUAUAUAAGGACUUGAUCAUAGAACUUUCUAAAGAGUUAGAAAGUAAGCCUCAAAUGGUUUAGUUAAGAUGGGAAGCAAUAAGCUUUGUACAUAUUACAUUGUUAAGUUUUUUCACAUAUUUUUUUUUUAAAUUAAACUCAGAAUGGUUAUUUUAGUUAUUUGAUUGUAGUUUCAAUAAUAAAUUAAUAUUGUUCUGAGUUUCAUAAGAAUUGUUAUUUCUGUUUUUGAUAUUAUUUUCUUGAUCUCGUAAUGUCUAAAUUAGUUCAAAAGUUUAUGUUGUAUAAGAAUUAGCAUAACUUAAUGUUAAGCAUUAAUGGUUGUGAUUUUGAGACUGAUUUAAGGCAUACUUAAUAUGUUAAGAAAAAGACUUAUUUUUCAGUGAUUGUUUUUUCAUCCAAAAAUAUUAUCCUUUAUUUGUUAAAUUGUAAGAUUACCUUUUGUUAACUUUUUAUUAAAAUUCUUAAGAUCCAAA